AUAUAACAUUGCGGGGAAAAAACAAAAGUUCCGGAAAUGCCCUUCAACAUAACCGCCGUUAAGGCGUCGUCAAACGGAGCGUGGCAAGGCGACAACCCGUUGAACUUCGCGUUCCCGUUACUCAUCGUCCAGACGGCGUUAAUCAUCGCCGUUAGCCGCUCCCUCGCCCUCCUCUUCAGACCCCUCCGUCAACCCAAAGUCAUCGCCGAGAUCGUCGGAGGUAUUUUGCUUGGACCGUCGGCUCUCGGCAGAAAUACGGCGUAUAUACACCGUAUAUUCCCGUCGUGGAGUAUGCCCAUACUCGAGUCCGUGGCAAGUAUCGGCCUUUUGUUCUUCCUCUUCCUCGUCGGACUCGAACUCGACCUCUCCUCGAUCCGAAGAAGCGGAAAACGUGCAUUCGGAAUCGCCGUCGCCGGAAUCACACUCCCGUUCGCCGGCGGAGUAGGUGUGGCCUUCCUCCUCCGGAAAACAGCUUACGAAGACACCGGAAAACCGGGUUAUGGAGAGUUCCUGGUUUUCAUGGGGGUCGCCUUGUCUAUUACAGCUUUCCCUGUGCUCGCACGUAUCUUAGCGGAGCUCAAGCUCUUGAUGACUCGAGUCGGAGAGACGGCCAUGGCCGCCGCCGCGUUCAACGACGUCGCCGCUUGGAUUCUUCUCGCCCUCGCCGUCGCUCUUGCCGGAGAUGGCGGAGGGAGCCACCGCAAGAACCCAUUGGUGUCCUUGUGGGUACUCCUCUCAGGUGCAGCUUUCGUCAUCUUCAUGAUGGUAGUGGUCCAACCAAUCAUGAAACGCGUUUCAAAACGCUGUUCCCCGGGAAACGACGUCGUACACGAACCCUACGUAUGCAUGACCCUCGCCGGCGUUAUGAUCUCCGGCUUCAUCACCGAUCUCAUCGGCAUCCACUCCAUUUUCGGAGCCUUCGUCUUCGGCCUCACCAUUCCUAAAGACGGUGAGCUUGCGGAGCGUUUGAUCGAACGGAUCGAGGACUUCGUGUCGGGUUUGCUCCUGCCGCUCUAUUUCGCGUCCAGCGGUUUGAAAACGGACGUCUCCAAGAUCAGCGGCAGCGAGUCUUGGGGAUUGUUGGCCAUUGUAAUCGCGGUCGCUUGCAUCGGAAAGAUCGCCGGCACGUUUGCGGUUGCGUUUGCGGUUAGGGUUCCGGCGAGGGAGGCUCUAGCGCUGGGUUUCUUGAUGAACACGAAAGGGCUGGUGGAGCUCAUCGUACUCAACAUUGGCAAGGAGAAAAAGGUACUUAACGACGAGACAUUCGCGAUUCUAGUGCUCAUGGCACUGUUCACGACAUUCAUAACGACGCCGUGCGUGAUGGCCAUUUACAAGCCGGCGCGUGGGAAUCACGCGCAUACCCACCGGAGACUCGGAGAUUUCUCGGCGGCCGACGGGUCGGAGCUUCGCGUUCUCGCCUGCCUCCACGGUUCGGCCAACGUCUCCUCCCUCAUCUCCCUCAUCGAGUCCAUCCGAACCACCAAGCUGAAGCUCUUCGUAAUGCGCAUGAUGGAACUAACGGAACGGUCGUCCUCCAUCGUAACGGUCCAAAGAGCCCGUCGUAACGGACUUCCGUUCGUAAACCGUUACCGUAACGGCGAGUGGCACGACAACGUCGUCGGAGCCUUCGAAACAUACCGACAACUGGGCCGAGUCGCGGUCCGGCCCGUAACCGCGAUUUCCCCUUUACACACGAUGCACGAAGAUAUCUGCCACGUGGCGGAGACCAAGAGGGUCACGAUGGUCAUCUUACCAUUCCACAAGCGUUGGAGCAGUGCCGGCGGCGGUAACGGUAACGGUAGCGGUGACGGCGUUGUGGAGAACGUGGGCCAUGCUUGGCGCGUGGUGAACCAGAGGACGUUGAAUCACGCGCCGUGUUCGGUGGCAGUGCUCGUGGACCGUGGAUUUGAGCCCAUCGAAGCCCAAGCAGAAAGUCCAGAUGGGCGCCACGUGGCCCAAAGGGUUUGCGUUUUGUUCUUCGGUGGGCCCGAUGACCGUGAGGCCUUGGAGCUCGGCGGGAAUUUGGAGAGAGAUGGGUUGAAUGGUAACGCCGUUAAGUUACGGUCCGCUCCGUCAAAAAACAAGGACAAGGGUUACGCCUUGUCGACGGCCAGCGUGGACCGGGAAAAAGAAAAGGAAUUAGACGAAGGGACAUUGGAGAGCUUCAAGAGCAAAUGGGGAGAAACGGUAGAAUACAAAGAGAUAGAACCAAAGAAGAACGUAGUUGAAGAAACUCUAUCAAUAGGAAGAAGCGGUGAAUAUGAACUCGUAGUGGUCGGGAGAGGGAGGGUUCCGUCGACCACGGUGGCCGAGUUGGCAGACCGAGUGGCCGACCAUCCCGAGUUAGGUCCUGUCGGCGAUCUUCUCGUCUCGGCUAACCAUCAUCUCGUCUCGUCCAUCCUCAUUAUUCAGCGACAUAAUUUGGCUGAUGAAUAUGAAAUUAGCCGUGAAAACACUUCAAAAUCUAUUGAUAGUCAAAACACCGUAUAAUAAAAUUGACGCAAUUAUUAAUA